AUAUGCAAUUUUAAAAAGUGCGUGUGUUGUAAAGUUUGCAACUUGUUUCGUUUUAACUUGAGUGUAGAAAUGUCAAUUUAAUAAUUCCAUCGACCUUAACCUCGACUUAUAAUCUCGCUUAGCAUUAUAGUGUAUACAAUUGUUCAAGCUGACCUUGUAUUUUUUGGUUGUUAUCUUUAUCCUUCCACAAUGGCGUCCAUCUCAACACGAUGUGCGUUUCUCUUUUUCAAGCGUUGUCAAAUCGCUCGAGGCCGCCAAACGUUGAACGUCGCACGCAGGAAAAUGUCCAUUAAAAUUUUAGACAUAGGCACCCCUAUCGUUGCGCUUUCUGACGCCCGAAGGUUUAUAAGUGAUUGUAUGGUAGCUGUGGGAACUCCUAGGGAGUAUGGAGAUAUCUUAGCAGAAAAUUUAAUAGAAGCAGAUUACAGAGGGCAUUACAGUCAUGGCAUGAAUCGUUUAGACAUGUAUGUGAGAGAUGUGCAAGGAGGACUUUGCGAUCCUAAAGCGGCGCCUUGCAUUAUUAAGGAAACUUCUGCCACAGCAUGGGUAAAUGGAAAUAAUGGCUUAGGAGCGGUGGUAGGCAUUUACUGCAUGGAUUUAGCAAUAGAGAAGGCAAAAAAAAGUGGUAUUGGAAUGGUAGUUGUUAAAGAAUCGAAUCAUUACGGAAUUGCUGGUAAAUACAGUCUGCAAGCAAUGGAGCAGGGUCUUUUAGGAAUGAGUUUCACUAACACAUCGCCUCUGAUGGCACCAACUCGAGCGAAAGGGUCAGCCCUAGGGACCAAUCCUUUAUCCCUCGGGGCCCCCGCUGCUAACGGAGACAGUUUCGUAUUAGACAUGGCAACCACCGCCGUCGCUGUUGGAAAGAUUGAAAUUCAAAAAAGGAAACACGAACCCAUCCCCGAAGGCUGGGCGCAGGACGAAUCUGGGAAUAUCACGAUGGACGCCCAUGUUGCCUACGACGCUAAGCGAUUGAUGCCGUUGGGAGGACCUGAACUGAAUUCGGGAUACAAAGGAUACGGUUUGGGAGUGUUGGUAGAGAUCUUUUGCGGCAUGUUAGGGGGCAGCGCAUACGGGCCUAACAUACGCAAAUGGGGAGACUCGAGUAAAAAAGCCGAUUUGGGUCAGUGCUUCAUUGCCAUCGAUCCAGGAUGCUUUGCGCCAGGGUUUCCAGAAAGGCUUAGUGAUUUUAUGGGAUUUUUGAGGAAUAUGGAACCGGCUGAUCCUGCUAAACCAGUUUUGGUUCCGGGAGAUCCCGAAAGACUUCAUAUGGCAUCAGUUGAUGAGGCUGGAGGGGUGCGGUACGUCCAAGAUCAGCUCGAUACCUGCAAAUCGUUAGCGGAAUCUCUGAAAGUAAAGCCAUUGAUACCAACAUGACAUAAUUUUGUUGUGCCAAAUUUGUAAUUAUCUGAGAAAUUUACAUUAAAAAAAAAAGAAUACAUGUUUUAUUGCGCUGUGAAA